AUUCUUUGGGAAAACCACACGAAAACAUUCCAAUGGCAAACAGGUUGCCACAAAGCCGAGAGCAGCAGCAACAACAACAUGGCCAAGAGGGAAAAUCAAACACGUGCACAGGCACAGAACGGAAAAGGUUAACAACACAACAAAAGUAAAAACAGCAAACAACAAACAGCAGCGGUAACAGCAUUACGUUAUUCCUUCAUUUUUAUUUUGACCAAACACAGCGAAAUAAACCAAAUUUUAAAACCGCGCGCUAACUGAAAAAAAAGAAGAUUCGAAUAUAAAACGGGGGAAAAUAAAAACGGAUAUAAAGGAAUUUCAAGCGUUUGGCAUUUUGUCAACCAGUAAAGGGCCAAGUGACGAGCAACAAAAAAAAAACGAAAAAAACGAAAAAAAUCGAGGGAGAGGCGCACAAGUGGCUGCAACAAAGGGGCCCGAACCACCGAACGCCCGCGACCUCUGACACCCCGAAAAAAACAACAAAAUAUAAGAAUAUCUACCUUUUGGCCGGAAAACGCUUGUUUCAGCACGCGAGCAAGGGAGACGGGACGACUGCGCGGGAGGGAGACAGGGGCAGGAACAACAGCAACAAAAACAACACAACAAACAGCUCUAUGCCGGCACCAAGAUGAGACCAGGCCGAACGACAACAGCUUUACCAGCAGGGAGCACGCCCCUGCUCCUGCUCCUGCUACUGCCACUCAUCCUGGGCAGGCUCCACUUGGCCCACGCCCAGUGUCCUUGGCAGAGGGAUGUGCCCGACCUGCAGACGAGCUGCAUCUGCGCCUACAAUCUGGGCAGGGAGCUAUCAGUGCAAUGCGAUCAGGUGGACUUUUCGCAACUCCUGGCUGCGAUGAACACCCACGCCCGCCUGAAGCCCGUGGAUUUGCUGUACGUGAACAACUCUACGAUUUCCGAGUUGCCCAAUGCCGUUUUCAGCAAUUUGAGCCUGCACAAUGUGCAGCUCUCGAGCUGCGGCAUCCAGAGGAUUGCGACGGGUGCCUUUAAGGGGCAGGAGUCGGUGCUGCGGAAUCUCAAUCUGCAGGACAAUCUGCUGGCCGACGUGCCAGUUGAGGCGCUCAAGGUGCUGGGCAAGCUGAAUCUGCUGGAUUUGUCCAAAAAUCAGCUCACUCACAUUCCCGACGACGCCUUUGUGGGCCUGACAAAGCUCUCCACCCUCAAGCUCAACGAUAACAAUGUCACCCUGGCCAGCAAUGCAUUCAGGGGCCUGGAGCAGAGCCUGAAGAACCUGAAUCUGAAGGGCACCAAGCAGCGAAAGGUGCCGGAAUGUAUCAGGGGUCUGAAGAGCCUAGCCUUCCUGGAUCUCUCCCAGAAUGGCAUCAAAGAACUGCCGGGUGCGGGCGGCAUUCGGGUGUUCGAUGGUCUGGACGCUCUGACUGCCCUAAAUCUGGAACGGAAUCUCAUCCAGAGCAUUGGCGAAACAGCAUUUGCUGGCGUGCGAAAAACACUGAGCUCGCUGAGUUUGCUCAACAAUCUGCUGGCGGAAUUUCCCAUUGGAGCCGUGCACUCGCUGAAGGAGCUGCGUGUCCUGGACAUUGGCUUCAAUCUGCUGACCAGCCUGCCGGAGGCCGCCUUCCGGGGCAAUCCGGGCAUCACCCUGCUGGCCCUGGACGGAAAUCCACUGAGCAGCGUGCCCGAAGGCGCCUUCGCCCACCUGAAUGCCACACUCCGCGGACUCUCCCUCGGCGGCAGGUUCCUCCACUGCGACUGCAAGCUGCGUUGGGUGGCCGAGUGGAUUCGCAACGGCGACUUGCAGGUUACAUCGCGCGAACGGAAUCCCCAGUUCUGUGGCACCCCACCACGCUUCCGGGACCGAGGCUUCUACUCCAUUCAGCCGGAGGAGCUCAGCUGCCCGGACAUUGCCGAUGCGGCCCUCCGUGGACCCGUCGGCCUCGCCGAUAACCUGAAACCCACGCUGCCAUCGUCGCCCGACUCCGUGGAAUAUGAAACUGACACGGGCACGGGCACGGGUACAGUGGGCACUGGGACUGGCACUGGCACGGCAGCCUCGGCUCCGGUGACCAGUAGUGUGAGCAGCUCCACCUCGACAACGACACCCACAACAACCACAACGACAACCACAGCGGAGCCAACGACCAGGAGGAGCACGACGCGUCCGCCGACCAAGUCGACUACAACGAUAUCGGCCAGCACAGCCUCGCCAGCUGCCAGUGCGCCGGUGAAUGGAACGGGCACAGUUCAGGCCACCUCCAUCACGACGAGCAGCAGCUCCUCCUCCUCCUCCUCAUCCUCCACGUCCACGUCCACGGGUCACGGCAAUGGCAAGCAGGCGCCCGGCUGGCGCCAAGGAGUGACCAAUGGCAAUGGCAAUGGUGCAGGAGCAGGAGGGCUCCACAAGCCGCAGAGGCCACCGCUGGUCCUGGGCUAUCCACCGCAGCGGGGCACUCGCAUCGACGAUGCCAACGAGGUGCAGGUGAAGCACGCGUUCCGCCAGGACAGCUCCGUGAUCAUCCAGUGGGACUCGGACACGGCGAAUAUCCUGGGAUUCCGCGUGGUCUAUCGCCUGUUCGGCGAGAAGGCCUUCAAGCAGGGACCACCGCUGGAGUCCAGCGAGCGCGAGUUCAAGAUCAAGAAUGUCCCCGCCCAGGAGUGCAUCAUCGUGUGCGUCAUCUCGCUGGAGGAGCUGCACGUGACCCCCGAAACGGUUCCCUACCAGCAGUGCCGCGAAGUUCGCACUGUCGCCUCGCAGGCCUCCAACAUGGACAAGAUAACGAUUGCGGCCAGUGCGGCCAUUUGUGGCACCAUCAUUGUGGCCGUGAUUGUCUUCAUCGCUGCCAGCAGACGCUCCCGCAAACUGCAGAGCAGCCAGCAGAAGAGUCCGCUGCCAAUUGGAGGUCUGCCCGUUAAUUGCUGCGGUCCGACCGGUUCACCUGGACCACUUGGCUCCAUUGCAACGCUAUCGGCAUUUAACAAUCACAAGGAAUGGGAUCAAGUGUCGGCCUACAGUGGUCGCUCGAUACCGCGGCCGCGCAUCUAUCCCGUGGAGCAGCCGGACGACAUGAGGAGCCACUUCUCCGGAAUGCCCGGCAAGGUGGGCAAAUCGAGCCAAAUGUCACUGUGAAAAUGUCUCAACGAGCAAAUUUUAGGAACGUCAAGAAAAACAUUCAACGAUCACAAAACCGGCGAAUGCUGCAAAAUGCGAAUCAAGAACAUUUAACCAUCUAAAUAAAUGAAUUCAAUUUAAUUGAAACAAAUUUCGCGGAAAUGCAACAAAUCAACUUAAAAAUGAACUGAACAACAUAAACAUUUCGAAAAACAACGCAAAAUUCUAAAAUUGGCAACAUAAGUUUUGGUCUUGAAUUAAACGCAACAAAAAUAUAAAUCAACAAAAAACGAUUUUUGGCAACAAAACAGCAUAAUAACAUACACAAAUUGUAAUUAUCUCAAAACGUCCACACGUGAAAAUGUUUUGCAACUAAGAUGAAAAUCUAAUAAAAUCAAUGUAAAUUUUUAAAACAAAAGGAAAACUAAAACCGUCAGUAAAAACCAGCCCAAAAUCAGUUGAAAAGCCGAGGGAAAUCUUUUUAGAACAAACGCAGAAAACCGCAAAAAUUUAAGCCACCAAAUUGGUAAACUCUUCAAAAUUAUUGGUUCGGACAUACGCAAUACUAAACACAGCAACACAACAACAGCAACAACAACAGCAGCCAUAGCAACUACUACAGUGAUCACUACAGUAAAAGCAACCGCAACAGAAGCAGCAGCAUAAAACGUGUGUGUUAGUUUGCAUAAAAAUUUCGUUUCGAUAAAAGCAAAGCAAAAUCAAU